AUGCCGGCUGAAACCACCCUGGUACCAUCAGAAUGCCCCUUGACCGUUCUCGAGUACGCUGACAACGUUGUUAUAUCCGCGGAAGGCAGUAAAAAACUUCAACGUGUUGUCAACCUUGUAUCGGAGUUGGCCGCAGUUUAUGUCUACGCCCUGACAAGUCCAGGCAGAUGUGGCUUUUCACAGUCACUUUUUUCAGGAAUGUUUUAUGCACAAUUCGUUCUUUCGAAAAAAGGUCCUCUUGCGAAAAUCUGGCUAGCCGCACACUGGGAAAAGAAGCUGUCGAAAGCCCAAAUAUAUGAAACUAAUGUUCAAGAUGCGGUGGACGAGAUUCUGAAGCCAAAAGUGAAAAUGGCCCUGCGCACUACUGGACAUCUUCUCCUUGGUGUAGUUCGGAUCUACUCACGAAAGACAAAGUACCUACUGGCUGAUUGUAAUGAGGCAUUUUUGAAAAUCAAAAUGGCAUUUCGACCUGGUCAGAUUGAGACGAUCGACGACGGAAAAGAAGCGCCUGUGAAUGCAAUUACGCUACCUGAGGUGUAUACAGACUUCGACUCUUCGCUUCCCGAUUUCAGUGAAGUAGACUUCGCAAAUCAUUUACAGAUAAACCAGAGCCGGAUUGAUGAUAUCACUUUGAAAGAAGAUCAAAUUUGCGACCAGCAUAUGUUUGGCGCCGAAUUUGGGAGUGAUGAUUUUGGUGACGGUGGUUUUGGACCAGUUACUUUCGGAAUGGAGGACGAUUUUAGCGAUUUUCCUCCUCUAGCAUCAGUGGAAGAUGGCAGUGUACUCGAAGUGCAAAGGGAUGCGAGCAGCUUUUCCGCUGCUAUGACCCACCGUAAUGUUCGCGAAACAACGCCUAAUCUUGAUGGUGCAAAAGCUCCGGGUGUGAAUAUUUUCAAUGGAGACGACUUUGGUGGAAUGGAUGGUGAAGGGGGUGACGAUGAUAUAGAAAGGAAUGGACUCCCUGUUUCUGCUGAGCCAGGACUGACUCAUGACAUCCUUGUAUCCCGCACGUCAGUCCGGCCAAAAGCCUGCAAUCAAGUGACUGGGAGGUGCAAGGGAGGCGGUUUGGAGUCGUCUCCAACAAAUAAGCUCCACAUGUCCAUUCCGGGAGAACGGAAGUUCUCCCAGAAACUCAGAGACUAG